AUGUCAUAUACGAAUGAUCAAAUUUCUAAUUUAGGAUGUAGUUCUGCCAACGAUGAUCUUUCUUCAUUUGUGCAUGUAGAAACCCUAAAUGAUUCGAAUAUUACUUCUUCGAUGCAUAUUCACCUUGAUUUAGGUCCAAAGGUUAUCUCUGAUAGCUCCGAGUCUAAUGAUGCUUCUAAUAAAUCUAUUUCUGGAGAGGAUUUUUUUGAUGAGUCUUCUAGCCUUUUCUUUGGUGAGAGAGGUGGAAAAUCUAUUGGUGAUAUUUGA